ACUUUAUUUUUUCAUUAUUUUUGUUUACUAUUAUACUUCCCAUUUAGCAUUAAUGUUAUAAUAAUAUAUAAAUUUAGAUGAGAAAAACAUGUUUAUUAUAUUUUAUUGUUUAAACCAUAAUAUUAUACCCACAUAUUACAUAGAAUAUGGUGAAACGGAAGAUCUUUUGACAGUGCAGCGCUGAGUUAUUAUGGACUGAUCUCGAACAUCUAUUGUUAGGUAACCUAAGGAGGCGGAGAGGAGGGCGCGGCGGCCGCCUCGUGCCCGACGCCCGCCUGCUGCUGCCGUCGCUGGGAACCACACGCCUCGCACAGCACCACCACUCGAACUCGCCACCACCUCCUCAUGAUAUACUUCCGCCAACAAGUACUCAUUGCCGUUCUCCUCAUCUAACCGCUCAACGACAACGACCACUUCUGGACGAACAUUUCGCCUGCAAGACAAAUAUAAAAAUUACAUAACAUAAUUUAGUUCAUACAUAUUUUAUGUAAUACUAGCUGUUCCCCGCGACUUCGCCUGCGUAUUAAUUUAUGACCAUUAGAUUUCAUGGAUUUUAAUUUAUUUGUGUAGAACCCUAAUUAUUCCUUAUAACACCAGUCAGUUAUCUGCCAGUGAAAGUCCCGUUAAAAUACUCCAUAGAGUAGGGAACGUCUCUGCGAAGCGGCGUCGAACGGUUCGUGUAUUGUAUUUUUAUACCUAUUAUACAUUCUAAAUCAAAUAUCCGAUUUUAAUGAACUACUGGUACAUAAAUACCCUUAAUGAUAAAACUAUCUAUUCAAAUAAGAAUUAAUACUAUGAAACUAACCAUCCUAGCUACCACGGCUCCUAUAAACUAUUAAAUAUAACAUAAAUGUUUAUAAUAGAAUAAUUAUAUACAAAUUAAUUUUUAUAGAAUCAAAGAUGAAAAUAGUAACUAGUUACAACAGUUACUAAACUCCAAAGAGACAGUAUAAUUCCUUCAUGGGGCAACAUAGGUAUAUGCUUUUAAAACAAAGUCCCAGAAAAUAAAAAACCUUAUCAAUCAGUAAAAAUUUUUAGUAAGCUAAAUUUGUUUAGUAAAGGUUAUGAUUGAUGAUAAUCCUUGGGAACGAGGAGAUUGCUACCAUACUAAUUUUAUUCUAUAAAAAAUAUUGUAAAUUAAUUCUAUUCACCAAAGUCUCGCUGGGUUUCUAACUCGUUCUUCCCAAGACGGAGGCUUUUUCAUUUCUCUAAUUUAUAAGAGUGAAGAAUUUUCAUUGAAUAUAGACAAUGUUUAAAAACUGUAGUAGCUUCUACUUACACAUUCUUUUGAAAAAGCUUUAAUACAAACAUAAUAACAAAAUUAACUUACGAAGAAGAUGGUGACACUGGUAAUGGCGGAUUUACUUGUGCUGGCUCAGUGGAAGGUGCGGGUCCUAAAGGGAGACUUAGACACUCCAACUGCUGUACAUGUUCAUCAAACAUGGCCAGUAGGAUAACCUCAUUGGAGUUAUCGAAGUCCCCCUGCAUAUCCUGCUCCUGAAAAGCAAGUAAGAUGAGACAUUUUAGAUACACAUAUAACAUCUUUUUAUGGUCAUGAGUUGGAUUGACCAGGAUACCACUGCUGUCUUUUAAUUAGUAAGUGAGAAAAACCAGAGACUUCAUAGAUGUGUUUCAUGUUUACGUAAUAUGAUAGGUGUAGAUAAUUUAUAGGCUGUUUUAAUACAAAUGGUAUAUAAAUACCAACAUGUAUAUGUAUAUAUAUAUAUAUACAGGACGGUAAACCAACAUGACAGGAGAGAGAUCAGACGCAGGACCAAUGGCUGUACAUGCUUUUCGCGGUAUGGGGGUGAGACAGCGCCAACUUCCUGACUCUGGGCUGCUACUGGGAAUUUCUUGACGGAAAAACUCAUUAAAUAAUUUUAUUGACUAAACCCAGAAUUUGAACCCGGGACCUCAUAAUCAGCAGUCGCGUUAUACAACCACUAUAUGCACUCAUAUUUAUAAUCAUAAUAAAGACCAGAGUAUAAUAAAUAACUUACAAAAUUAUUAUGUGAAAAUGUUUCUUCCCCUUCUUUGCUGAGAUCGCCCUCGUUGAGUCACAGCAUAAGAUAUCAAAUUCCGCCAUUUUUCUGAAAAUGUAUGUAGUACACACGUGAACAUUUUGUGUCUUCAUGAAAAUCGAAAAGAGUAAGAAGACAAAGUUUACAUAGAAAAAGUUUCAUAUACAAAGUAUCUUGGCGUUGUGGUGGAUCAGCGACUUUCCUGGUACAGACAUGUUGAAAUAGUAUCGAGUAGAAUUCGAAAGCUCACUUGGAUAUUUAAAACUUUAAGACAUGUUGCCAGUUUAGAUCUUUUGAAUCAAAUAUAUGUAGCGCUAGCUCAAUCUAUUAUAUAUAUAAUAUAUUGUAUACCAAUUUGAGGGGGUACUUACAAAAGUAAAUUUAUUGAAAUUGAAAGAGCUCAGAGAUGUCUACUAAAGGUUAUGCAUUUUAUACUGUACAGGUACUCCACUAGCUUUUUGUAUGCAUCAAGUGGGCUGAUUUCGGUGAGGCAGUUGUACAUAUUACACACUGUAUUGAAAAAACAUAAAUCUUUGGCUUUUAAUCCUAUUUACAGUAGUAAAAGAAGAAAUUAUAGCGUAGCUCCUAUUUGGAGAGUGAAAACCACCUUUGCAAAACAUCAAUAUAACAAGCAAUCAGAACAUUUAUACAAUCAGAUUAAUAAAAUAUUGCAAAUAUAUCCAUUAAAGACAUAUGACUGUAAGAAAAAAAUAAUGCAGUGGCUUAAGACAAUUACGAUCAAACUGAAGCUUUAUUACAAUUUUUUUUUUUUUUUUUAAAAACGUUACCCCCGCACUAGGAUUUUCUCCUGUAUCGUGGAGGCAGUUUACAAACACAAAUUGCAUAAGGACAAACAUCCAGACGUGGAACAAUUAUUUGUAGGCCAUACAAAUACUUGUUCCGUGCGGGAUUCGAACCCGCGCCCCCCAGCACAACAACUCAUUGCUAAGCCACUGCGCCACGGAGCCGUAUUAUAAUUUACCUUAUAAGCUUAUAACACAUUCACUCACUGUCUUUUUUCAUACAUACACACACACGCGCGCGCGCGUACCCAUACACACCCUGUUUCUUUUUUUGUUGAAUGUAUUUAGUUAAGGGAGGGCGAGGACGUUCUACCACAAGUAUCUUUAUACUUAAAAGAAGUCCUCAAACUUAUACUAAUAGAAUAUGUUGGAAACAAUAAACUUUCAUUUCAUUUCAUUUCAAAGUUUAUAAAAUUUAUACAUAUGAAUUAUGAAAUACUAAAUUCUACACUCAAAUAUCUAACUACUAUAUAGAAAAAAACACUCGAAAUUUC